UUCAUUAGUAAAGCUCAACCGCAGAGGAGGUCUUCUUAAGUGGAGCAAAUCCCUGCUGACAUUUUCAAUAAAUCGGAAAAAUAUUCAACGGAAAAAAGAAGAAAAUUAGAAAAUCGGUAUUCGGUUUCACUUAAGUAAUUCGAUAAUUAAAACAAAAGAAAAAUUGAAACAAAAUGGAAGAUGAUGAGAAAAUGGACAUCAUGCGCAAAGCAUUCCAAAUGUUUGAUACACAAAAGUCAGGUUUCAUUGAAACCUUACGCCUAAAGACCAUUCUCAAUAGCAUGGGUCAAAUGUUCGAGGAGAGUGAGCUGCAGGAGUUAAUCGAUGAGAAUGAUCCCGAAAAUACGGGCAAAGUAAAUUUUGAUGGCUUCUGUAGCAUUGCUGCCCAUUUCCUGGAGGAAGAAGAUGCCGAGGCCAUACAAAAGGAAUUGAAAGAAGCCUUUCGUCUUUAUGAUCGUGAGGGCAAUGGCUACAUUACCACUUCGACCCUAAAGGAAAUCUUAGCUGCCUUAGAUGAUAAGCUAUCGUCCAAUGAUUUGGAUGGCAUCAUUGCAGAAAUCGACACAGAUGGUUCAGGAACUGUUGAUUUCGAUGAGUUUAUGGAAAUGAUGACUGGUGAUUAAAGAAUUUUCACAAAAUGAGAAAAAACCAAAAUAGUAGCCAACCAAAAAACCGAAAAUGCAAAACCCACCAUUCUCCUUGAAAUGAAAGAACAGACAGCCACGAACAAUAAUAAUGAUGUGUAAAUUUGUGUACAAAUAAGAAUAAAUAAAAUAAAUUAUUUUAAUUGCUCCAUUAUAAA